UAUAUUUAGGGGUAUGUUGGAGUCAGCUCGUACCAGCGCCUGGGAACCAAUUGUUAAAUUUAGUGUGAGCAUUUGUAACUUGGAACUCGCAAACGCUACAAAUGAGGGAUUGGUUUGUUCUUUUAUUGAUAUUCUAGACUUGAGAAGAUGUGAAAAAUGCAGAUUAAACUUGUUUGUCAGGCAUAUAUUCACCCACCUAACCCCCCCCCCCAAAAAAGAAAAGGCUUGUUAAGCCUUCAGCAAACACUCCCAACCCCCACCAACUCCUAUCUUCGUCCUUUUAUCUUUUUCAGCCCUGUAUAGUGAGCAAACAACCCCAUAAGAAGUCUUAUGACCGAAGUCUUGGGCUGAGUUUGCAAAGGGUGCCAAGAGAAUUUCCCUCCAAAAAGUUACACUAGCUUUAUGACUUAAGGGCACCUGAAGGACAUUUUAUGAUCAUGCAGGGAAUCCAGACCCCAAAGAACUCUCCGUAUUUCAUUUCCUAGUUGGGCUGUCUUCCCAUGAGCUCGAGCAAACCAAGUUUUCUGUAGCUGCCCUUAAGUACCAGACGCUGGACUUCCGCACGGGUUGUAGGUCCCUUUAAGACGCUUGGGGGCGUGUAGCUAGCAUGCCUCAGUCCUUCUCUUACUCUCCCCUAGCAUUAAAGGGGAAUCGCAAUUUCUCAGACGCAGAGCGAAGUUAAAGCAGAAGGUAGACUGGGAGAGUUUGGCAGCCACUUGACCUGGUCUAGUCGGACUGUGCUGGGCUGGGUGGUCCCGAGGGGUCGGGGCCGAGAUCGGAAGGUGACCCUCGCCCCCCACCUUUGCGUUGUCACCUCUUCUCCAAGCUGGGACCCCCUGACCACGUCCUGCCUCCCCGGAGAACCGCGGCGAGCGCAGAAUGUACACGAUCACCAAGGGACCCAGCAAGUUAGCCACGCAGCGGAGGACAGGUCCCACGCAGCAAUUGGAAAGCAAGCUGGGAGAGCACCUGAAAUGCCGGCGGUCAGCGCAGCAGCCGCAGCAGCCGCCGGGCCCCUGGCCUCUGUCAAGCCUGGCCCCAAAGCUUGUGUUCAACAGAGUGAACGGCAGGAGGCCUCUGGCCACAACUCAGUCCAUUACGGCCACAGAGGAGAGUUACACACUUGCCCACGAGGAGAAUGUCCGCUUUGUCUACGAAGCCUGGCAGCAGGUGGAGCAGCAGCUGGUGGGGAGCCAGGCAGGUGAGAGUGGGCCUAGACCUGUGCAGUAUGUGGAGAAGACACCUAACCCUGGGCUGCAAAACUUUGUACCCAUUGACUUGGAUGAAUGGUGGGCCCAGCAAUUUCUGGCUGGGAUCAAUAAUUGCUCCUAAAAAGCUGCAUUGGGAGGAGGAGAGUUGUCUAUAGUCAGGGGCCAUCUACCUGCUGACCCAGAGCAGGCAACACCAACAGAAGAGGACCACUGCCUCCUAAGCCAGCCCCCUUGUCUGGGGGAUGAGGCAGGCACCUGCCAUCCCAGAAGUGCCAGCAUUUGGACAUUUGGAACUGCUGCAGCCUCUGGCCAGGCUACCUGGGUGCUACAUGUAGUGGGAGGGGGAGUAGAGGCCUGUUGGCCCCUCCCACCUUGACUUUGCUCCUGCCAGUUGAGCCCAGUGGGAAGCCCUUGCAGAGCUGGGAUACAGCUCUCCAAGCCAAUAAAGAAUUUAAACCUGCCUGCCCUUGUGCAAUGUAAA